GGGGGAGAGACGAGAGGAGGGUGCAAGCGAGGCGACAACCUUAAAACAGAAGCCAUGGAAGUUGAGGAAAGCAACCUGCCGAAAAUGGCCAAAGCCAUCGUCCAACGACCCCUCUCCAUAGUUUUCCGAAUCAUGGGUGUGAGGGCUUUCUUGGCAGUGGCCGCGCUGCUGGUGCUAUCGGCGACGGUGGCCUCUGGGAAAGUUGCCUUCGAGGUGCACAGCAAGUUUAAGGGCCGCCAGAGGUCGCUCAGCGAUUUGUGGGAGCACGAUUCCACCCGCCAUGGCAGGCUGCUCUCCGCCGUCGACCUCCCCUUGGGCGGCAGCGGCAAUGCCACCAGUACCGGGUUGUACUAUGCCAAAAUCGGAUUGGGGAGUCCUUCCCAGGAUUAUUACGUGCAAGUCGACACCGGAAGCGAUAACUUGUGGGUGCUCUGUUCUAGCUGCAACAGUUGCCCCACCAUGAGUUACCUUGGGCUAAAGCUCGAAUAUUAUGAUCCGAAGGGGUCGUCCACUGGUAACUCGGUCACCUGUGAUCAGGAGUUCUGCAGGUACGCUAACAAUGGUGCCAUACCGGAUUGCAAGUCCGAUAUGCAGUGCAAGUAUAAUGUCACUUACGGGGAUGGGAGCUCAUCCGCUGGGUACUAUUUUAAGGAUUAUGUGCACUUGAAUCAAGGGACCAGGAAUCUCCAAUCUUCAUUGGCUAACGCGAGCAUAAUAUUCGGGUGUGCAACUAAUCAAUCAGGGAAUUUGGCCAUGGCCUCCGGAGCUCUCUCUGGACUUAUGGGUUUUGGGCAGUCAAACACUUCUGUGCUUUCGCAGCUCGCUUCGGCUGGAAAGGUGAAGAAGAUUUUUGCUCACUGCUUGGAUAACAAACGCGGUGGUGGAAUCUUCACCAUCGGGGAAAUUGUCCAGCCGAUAGUUAAAACCACUCCGUUGGUACCUCAUCAGUCCCAUUACAAUAUUGUCAUGAAGGCCAUCGAGGUUGAUGGAGAGGCAAUACAACUUAGCAUGGGUAUAUUGGGCUUGCUCUACGAUGAAAUAGAAGCAAUUGUUGACAGUGGCACAACCUUGGCCUAUCUUCCUGGGGACAUAUAUGACUCGGUCAUGAGCAAGAUUAUGGCGAAGCAACCUGGACUAGUAUUGCGCAUUGUUGAUAAUACGUUUUCCUGUUUUGACUUCUCUGGAAAUAUGGACGAUGGGUUUCCUGCUGUCAAGUUUCAGUUCGCUGGUUCCCUUAAUUUGACAGUAUAUCCUCACGAUUAUUUAUUCCAACAUGAAAACGGUUGGUGCUUUGGUUGGUUGAGGAGUUCAGUACAGUACGGUGGGAAGGAGGUAGUCCUUCUGGGAGAUUUGGUGCUUUCAAAUAAGCUAGUUAUAUACAACCUUGUAAAUCAGACAAUUGGAUGGGUUGACUAUAACUGUUCAUCAAGCAUUCAAGUGAAGGAUGAGAAAUCCGGGGCAACACACACUGUUGGCACCCACAAUCUGAGUCCGAGUUCUGCUCCAGUGGUCGGCAGAACGUUAACGUGGUUCCUGUUGAUACCCGCUGUUCUGUACAGUCUUGCAUGGUAGUCCUGCUCACAUUCGAAAAUUUCAGAGUAGCCACAGGAAGAAGGGAAGAAUGAGAAGGAAUGUCACAGUGGUGAAAAUAGCUGAUGAUGAUAUUGAGACAGAGAUAAACCAAAUUAUAU